AUGGGCGGCGGAACUUCACUCUUCGCUUCUCCUGAUUGGAAGAAAGAUCCUCGAGAGAUCUUUAAUUCUAAACUUCUUUUGCUUGGAAUCACCAUCGCCUUUGCAGGAUGUUCGUAUGGCUUCGAUCAGGGAAACAUCGGAGGUAUCAUGACCUUCCCUUCAUUCCGGAAGGCUUUCGGUUUCGACAAGAUAAGUGAAGCAGAAGCGGAUAAGAGAGAGGGUAACAUUGCGGCAAUGUUGGCUGCUGGAGGAACUGCGGGUGCUCUGCUUGCGGCUCCGCUCUCCGAUUACCUUGGCAGGAAGAAGGCUGUGACCUCCAUGGCUGGUCUCUUUCUCGUAGGAUGCGCAAUGCAAGAGGUUCCCAACUUGGAUGUCCUCUAUGCAGGUCGCCUGUUGGCAGGUGUAGCUAUUGGAGCCACUUCUAUGCUGGCACCCCAAUACCUCGCAGAAAACUCCCCCAAAUCGAUCCGAGGCUCUCUUACCACGUCAUACAAUCUCAUGAUCAUCCUGGCCCUUGCCAUUGCUUUCUGGGUCAACUACGCAGUUAGCCUUUGGCCUAAUCAAGACCCCAACGAUAACAAGCCUUGGCAACUGGCACUUGGCAUCCAACUAGUUCCUGGAUUCUUUCUUUUCGUUUUGAUCUGGUUUGUUGUCGAAACUCCUCGCGCUCUCAUUGCAAAGGUAAAUCAAGAACUUGGCUUGAAGAAUUUGUGCAAACUGAGAGGCCUACCAGCCGACCACCCCUACGUACGACAAGAGUACAUGGAGAUUACUGCUCAGGUUGAGGCAGAGCAAGAAACGGUCAAAGGAACCAACUAUCUUGUUGUCAUUCGGGACAUAGCUACGAACGCCAGCAACCGGCGCCGUUUCUUUCUGGCUAUCAUGCUGUUUCUGUUCCAUAAGCUCACCGGUACCGAUUCUCUCAACUACUUUGCGCCAGAGAUCUUUGCCAUGAUUGGUGUUCCCAAGGGCUCUAGCUCUCUCCUCACCACCGGCGUUUACGGAGUGGUCAAGCUCGUAACGACAAUUCUUUACGUCACUGUCAUUGUGGACCGUGUUGGGCGCCGUCUUCCACUCAUUAUUGGUGCCACCAUUCAGGCCACAGCCAUGCUGUACAUUGGGCUGUUUCUUCGAUUCUCCAAGGUAGAGGCGGGAAGUGGAACUUCCGCUGGUGGAAUAGUGGGUAUUAUCUGGAUUUACUUGUAUGCUUUCGGGUGGUCAUUCGGGCAUUCCGUCGCACCAUACCUUACUGCGGCUGAGAUAUUCCCCCCUCGCAUCAGAUCCUUCGCCAUGUCUUGCUGUCUCUUCACAAACUGGAUCGUCAACUACGGCAUUACUUCUGCCACACCGCACAUGCUGCGAACGAUGGGUUACGGCACCUUUUUGUUUUUCGGUAUUCUGACAUACAUUGGCGCCAUCUUUGUCUAUUUUUGCCUGCCCGAGCUCAAGGGCCGCAGUAUCGAGUCGAUGGACGACCUCUUUCAGCACUCUCUCUGGACAAUGUUCAAGCGGGCCUACCCGACCGAAGAUGAAAAGGUCAGACAUGACGUCCAAGAAAGACUUCAUGACAAGAUGCAAAAUGAGGAAUACAAGGAUACGUCACAUGUUACCAUGGUGGAAGACAACAGUAGACGAGUGUGA